AUGACCCUAUCCGAUAUCGCGGACCGGAUGCUGAAGGGAUCAGGUUUCUCGCAGCCCCUGCCCGGAAAAGGACCGCCACCCGAAUCUCGCCCCUCACUCGAAAGGGUCAGUAGCGCCUCGCAAUAUAUCGCCUCACCUAGGUCCGAGAGUGGUCAAGUCUUCGGCUGUGGAGGUAUGGUCAGUAGCACCUUCGGUGAACCCAGAGGACUCUCCGCCGGUGUCCCGUCCUGGGCCAAGACACGUCCUUUGUCAGACAUACGCGAACUCACUGAACCAAGUUUGGUGGAAACCAUUCCACAGAAGCUCCUCUCUGAGAAUUCCAUCGCCCGAAGCACCUCUGUGUCGCGAAAGCCGUCUGUCGUCUCUAGACGCCGGCCGAGCAUCGACAGUCGUCUGGGGGAAAACAGGGAACCUGAGAGGAAGAAUAGCCACGAGAGCAAUGGCAUUAGAUCGGGAACACGAGUGCGGCCCUCUAGAACACCAUCACCACCAAGUCCUGCGGACAAUAGUUAUUCGAGUAUAUACAGCAUCCCCCCGGGCAGCGUGCCACCUCGUUCGUCCUCCAGAGCGCGAACCAGGAGUGAUUCACAGCUACGGCAGCCACCGCCUACUAUGCCACCAUUCUCAAUUCUACAGCACGCACCUACCCGCCCCUCCUUAAACCUCGUACCAUCGAUACCAGCUCCUCCUCCUCGAGGAUCUGGCAAUACUAUUCCAAGACGUGGUCAUUCUCAAUCCCCACUGCGUCAAGUCGCUGCGCGACUCGAUCCCAUAUCCCACGAUACUCAUCGACGUAUACCUUCCAGGACAUUCCUCCGAGAAUCUCUUUCCAAUGAAUUGAUAGAGUUUCCGACGCACCGACACCCACGAGUUGAACUCGGCUUAGAUCUUUCCGCGGGCAUAUUUGUGGGUGGAAGUUCAAUUGAAGGUACUGUCCAGAUUACUGUCGAUGAAGCAGAGAGAAUACGACAUAGAAGAGCAUUAGAUAUUGCGAGAAUCUCCAUUGACUUACUUGGUCUUGAAGAGAUGGUCGGGAACAGGCGAUCUGUGUUCCUUAACUUAGCCACUGAGUUGAUUGAUGAUGACAACCCGCCUCCCCACAACAUGGUCGACAGCCAAAAUCAGGUAGCUUCCGACGACCCCUUUUGGCAUCUAAUGCCGUCAAUCACACACCUUCCAUUCAUCAUGAGCUUACCCCUGAACGUCGGACCACCACCGUUCCAAUCGAAGCACGCAAAGAUUCGAUACGUACUUUGCGUUUCCCUCCUUAUCCGGGAUCAGGGGAAGCAAUACAUCGUGAGGGCAUCGGAAGACAUUUCCGUUCUCUCCGUCUAUGAUCCGGAGAAGGCCCUUAUGUCCCUUCCUAGCCCUCUCACAGCCUCUGAUGAAUGGCUUAAGCCACGAGAUACUAUCGUCGAAGUGGUCAGGGUCACUGCUGGUCUACAUCGCCAAGUCUGGGUUAGCGGAACCAGCAUCUACGUCGAUGUUCAUAUAGCCAACAGUAGUCGCAAAACCAUAAAGAAGAUCGAGCUACAAUUAGAAAGAGACAUCCUCUGCUACAAACACGCCGCUGCAUCCACAAUGGAGAAGUCGGCAAGCCAGGCCCGGAUUUUUGACAAUAACGAGCGUUCCAUACUUAGCAAGUCAUCAAUCAAGCAAGGCACUGCUGGAUGGAAUGGUGUUCCUGCACACAAUACUCACAUUCGCACCUGCGAUCUCGAGGUUCCUCGAGGGCAUGCUACAGUAAAGUGCGGGAAAUAUUUUGAAGUGCGGUACUUCCUCAACGUCAUUGUCGGAAGUUCACAUACCAAGCUUGUGACCGUCCAACUACCAAUCGUUCUCAUCCACAUGAACUCGCUUGAUGUGGUUCCGAAUUCGGUUGCCCAAGUCGCCGCCGCUAUUGAAGAGAAACGAACCGCACAUUCCUAUCCUCGGGCGCACUCUCCUCCACGGCUCGGUCGGCGGUCCUCACUAUCCGUUCAAGGCCGGGCGUUCGCCGCUCCUCGAAUGCAGUCUCUGGAACGCAUGCGUACCCAAGCGGAGGAGCUGCAAGAGAUUGGACAGAUACUAGAUCAAUCUCCCCGCAAGUUCAGUCUGAGAAGGGUAAACUCGAACUUUGACUAUCAUACCCCGCCUAGCAAUCGAAAGGGGAGAGUGUUGUGCAAUGAUGAUAUGGCUGACCUUCAGCGGCGACUUCGACAUGUGCGUUCCAGUGAGACAGUUGGCUCGAAGGCCGCCACGCUCCAUCGUGGUAGCUCCAUAAAGUCCAGGCGCGCUGGCGGUUCUGCCCUCGGAUUCAGAGAGGCGGAGGUCAGGGAUGACAUCGAGCUAGGCGGACUGGCUUUGGGUGGAGAAGCAACGUUCAAACAGCGACUCGAGCAGAGUCGAGAAAGACAAUACAAGUUUGGAAAGAAACGAAGCGUCGAACGCUGGAAAGAUGUUGCUAAUGCUGGUGUGGGCUGGUUAAGAGGGGGCGGGGGCGGAGGGAAGGAUGAACGGGAACGAGAUGGUUGGAUAUAA